UCUUUUCAACUUGUGCAAGCGUAUACCUACAAAUAUUUGGGCAAAAGAGGAACAUAAAGCGUGCAGCUAGGGUAUAAAUAAGACUUCAUUUUUAGAAAACUGUUACUCGACAAUUUUUAGUUUGAAGGUGUCUGUCCCAGUCUAAUUAGGCGAUAUAUAAACGCGUGCAGACGGUUACUACGAAUUCGACAUAAAGUACCGUCUUAAAUAAUGGGACGCCGCAAUCUUAACAAUCGCCGGGUACGCCGCUCCCGAGGAAGCCGCUCCUGCGGUCUCACGUGGAGUAUCAACAUGGAGCUGAGCGCCCUGGGACGCCGCUUCGUGUCCGUGAACGGCAACCGCCCCUUUUGGUUAUCCGGCGGGUCAGAUGACAGUGACUUCGAGCAAGACACCGACGAGACCGCGCCAGAUAAGAGUGCCCCGGAAGUUCUGAGUGUAGCGGCAGUAAACCUCGACAUCCGGUCUAACGUGCAGCGCCACCACACGGCGGAGUUCGACAUCACAGACGCUGCAGUGUACGACGAGCGGGAGUUCCUUGUCGCACGACGCGGACAACCUUUCACCGUGAUUAUCACGUUCAACCGGAAGUAUGACCCGGGCGCAGACGACUUACGCUUUGUCUUCCAGUUUGGAUCCCGUCCGCUGCCCACCAAGGGGACGCACGUAGAGUUCAUACUCUCGGCUGAUGACGUCAAGGGCGAAUGGGGUGGAUGGAUCAGCGGCGAGGCCGACAACGCUCUGACUGUGGAAAUAACGACCCCACCGACGGCGUUCGUCGGCAAGUGGUCAAUGAAGAUUGACGUCGUGAAGCGUUCCGACACGUCCAUUAACGUCUAUCGAUAUGAGCACAAGGACCCGAUUUAUAUCCUGUUCAACCCUUGGUGCAAAGAGGAUGGAGUCUUCAUGAAGGACGAGCAUCUCUUGAACGAGUACAUUCUUAACGAGACGGGCAAGAUAUAUUCGGGCAGCCACAAAAGGAUCUCUCCUAAGCCAUGGGUGUUUGGCCAGUUUACGGGUGACGUUCUGGACUGCUGUCUUUACCUGUUGGACAAGAACGUUAAGGAUCAAGCCCGCGGAGAUCCGGUGGUUGUUUCGCGCGCGAUCUCAAAACAGGUGAACUGUCCCGACGACGACGGUGUUUUGGAGGGGAACUGGAGCGGAAAAUACACAGGCGGCACCUCACCGCUGGACUGGACCGGAAGUGUGGCCAUACUUGAACAGUUCUACAAAACAAAGACGACCGUCAAGUUCGGCCAGUGCUGGGUAUUCUCCGGACUAGUGACCACGGUGUGCCGUGCUCUUGGGAUUCCCGCGCGCAGCGUGACGAACUUUGCGUCUGCGCAUGACACGGACGGGAGCAUCACCAUUGACAGCCACUACGACGCGGAAGGGAACCCACUUAAGGAGUAUGACGACGAUUCCGUAUGGAAUUUCCACGUGUGGAACGAUGUGUGGAUGUCGCGACCGGAUCUUCCGACUGGAUAUGGAGGAUGGCAGGCUAUUGAUGCGACGCCGCAGGAAACCAGCGAAGGCGUAUACUGUAUGGGCCCCAUGUCCCUGCAAGCCAUCAAGGAGGGCAAUGUAAACCUGCCCUAUGACGGCCCCUUCGUGUUUGCGGAAGUGAACGCCGACAAGGUCGUCUGGGUCCUCGGCAAGGACGGGGCCAUGGAGCGCAAGCAAGUUGUCAAAAACAGCGUUGGCAUGUUCAUCAGCACUAAGAGAGCCUUAGGUCGCGCCUCAUGGCGGGAGAUGCUGCACGGUGACCCGGACAGAGAGGAUGUCACCAACCAGUACAAGUUCGAGGAAGGCUCCGAGGAAGAAAGGGCGGCUAUCCGACAGGCAAGCAAGUUCUCAAAGCGGACAGACGUGUAUGAAACCACUGCAGAGGACGUGAAACUGUCGGUGGUUAGUGACCCGGACACCUUCAUGGGUAACGACAUCAAGCUGACCGUGACCUUGGAGAAUACGGGUCAGGAGCGGCGCACGUGCAACGGCACUCUCGUACUCGGCAGCAUGUACUACACCGGCGUCUUCCACCGGGAGCUGCUUUCACGGAAAAUUAUCGCAGUGGAGUUGGUACCCGGCCAGACGAAGAGCAUGGAGUACAUCGUGCCAGCGACCCAGUACCUGGACGACCUAGCAGACCACUGCCUGUGCAAGAUCUCGUGUGUCUGUAUCGUCCAGGAAACGAGGCAACACUGUGUGAUCCAGGACGAAUUGCGCCUGCGCAAACCGCACCUUAACAUCAAGGUGCCGGACGCUGUCAAGGUCGGGGACAGUUUCUCGGUUGAGGUAUCCUUUGAGAAUCCCCUUCCGGUGACCUUGACCCAAUGCGAGCUGCGCGUUGAGGGACCGGGUAUUCAGAAACCUGUCGUCUACAAACAAAAUAACAUUGACGUCAAGAAGACGUUCCUGGGGACGUUUAAGAUGACGCCAGUAAAGGUAGGCGCCAAGGAGAUUGUUGUGUACUUCAACUGCAGGCAGAUUUCCGCCAUUACCACGUCACAUCCGGUCACCGUGGCAUAGUAGUGGAAACAGAAUAUGCGCAGUACAACGAAAUGAAACGCGGUGUAAUGACAAUCCAAAUUUUAAUAAAUCGCCAAUUUUGGUUUUGCGUAUUUUUGUGCAUCAAUUAUAUGUUCUUUGUAAAUGUUCAUAUAUGAUUUGGACAAUAUUUCUUUGCCUUCCAUUAUAUAUACACCUAUGCAGCAUGUAGCUGUAGCCUAUACAAUUCUGACGCAGGAUAGAGCCGAGUAGCUUUCAAACAUUUACAAAUAAAGCGCAUGUGAAGUGUG